CUACAGUCCUUCCAAGGCACCGGUGCUCCCUGGUGUCUGACUACUGUUGUCCGCACACUAUCAGCUGUCACAUGUUCUGCAGGUUCGUUUCUGAAGCCAUGCAUAGGGUCCCGAUGUCGCGCGACAUCGCAUCUUGACGCGACACGCGUCCACAAACAAACGGCUCCACACAAACACUGACCAGAGAGAUCGAUCUAGCACCCCCAGCACCAUGGCAAUGGACUCCACACAGGACUUGCUCAGCAACUACCAGUCCACCCAUGACGACAACCUCAGUCUAUACUCGAUUUCCGGCGAGCUGAACCACCAGUUGUCGGAGAUGUACGACAUGCUCGAGGACGACUCCAUCGAAAUACGGCGUUCCCAGUCGAUCACCCAGUCGCCAUUCAAGACCAGCAGUCCGUUGAGGCUCUCGCCUACCAAGAAGCUCAAAAACGACUACCAGGACCACAUUUUCCGUGCUAGAUCUGGCAAUCUAGACAGUCCUGUCAAGAAGAAGCGACCGGACCUCGACUGGUCGCGGUUGGAUCUUGAGGAUUCGCCGAGCUACGACAGCAUAGAGCAUAAAAUCGAGAGGUUUUUGGCGGGAAACAAGGCCCAGGGAGAGCCAGAGACGGCAGGACUCGAGGAGUUCGACAAGACAGAGUUGGUGAUCAAGGAAACGCACAAACUCAUCAACAACGUGCCUGCGUCGGUGCUGAACAACAAGGAGGGCGAGAAGUACUCGCAAUUGCUUGGCUCGUCCUUGGCCAAGAUCAUCAAGUCGUUGGAAGCAGUGAAAAGCGAAAACAGAGCAUUAAAAGGUGAACGAGACAGAGCCGGCGACAAGCAUGCCCACGAGCGCGUACAGGCGGACGCAGCCAUGGGCAGGCUCAAGACGCAGAACUCGCGGCUCGAGGAGGAGAACUCGCGAUUGCGGGAAGAUAACGCCCAGUUGACCCGCAAGCUCGGGCAGCAGGUACCACAGAUCAAUGCUCAGGUGGGGAAGGAGAACCAGUUGUUGCGGGAGAAGUUGAUCAAGUACAAGAACCGGUCGAGCGAGCUCGAGCGGGAGGUGGAGGUGAUGCGCGAGGAAAUGAACAAGAUUCGCGGUAGACUAGACAGUGUGGGACAUGAGAGGAAUCAGUCCCCACUAGGGAGUGCACCACCAGAGAGGAGUGUACCACCAUCAGCAUCAUCAGCACCACCAGCCACGAAUCCCCCAUCUACAAUUCCUUCAUCAAGCACAAUUUCAUCUACAACUUCACUGGCGUCGCUCGCCCUGCUCAUCGCGCACUUCUUGCGCCACGAGAGCGAGCACGAGCUCGUGCGUAGGUUGGCCCAGUACAUUUCCGCAAACACAUCACACCACCAGCCGCAAGCAGCGCCUGCCGUGCCAGAAGCAGCUCCCACCGCGCCAGAAACAGCGCCCACCGCGCCAGAAACAGCGCCCACCGCGCCAGAAGCAGCGCCCACCGUGCCAGAAGCAGCACCUCCCGUGCCAGAGUCUCCGCUCGUGGCGGUGUUGCACCAGUUAGUGGGCAAAAUGCAACCGCACCAGGGCGACGCGCAGCUAGGGCGGCUCACUGCCGCAGUGGACGUCAACAACCAGUUGUUGGCGCGAUUCAUGGACCGCGAAGUCCCUCACGCCAGUAGCGACGGAGUCCCCCACGCAGAGACUGCCUGCCGCUGUGGUGGUGGUGGUGAUGGUGGUAGUAGUAGUGCCGGUAGUGGAGGUGCGCAGUCGGACGAGGUGUUUCUCGAGGCCUCGCAACGGUUGGGGGCUCCUGCCAGCGCCUGUCCGCGAUGCUCCAGCGUUCGCAACGACACGCUAAACCUUAUGGGGGAGUACCAGUGGAGUGUUUAGUUAGAUCUAAAAUACGUCAUUCCGAUUCACGCAUUGUGAGCGCGCUAGGCGAGCCGGCGGUCGCGUCGCGGCCGCUAUUUUGGCCGCUAUUUCGCAGUGCGCGCAGUAGCUCCAGCGACCAGGCUCAGUAACUGCCGCAGCGACCAGUAACUGCCGCAACCGUCGCGGUGGCU